AUGGAGCAUAUUGAAGAAUAUUUUCAAAAACUAUUUGCUUCUUCUACUAGACAUGGAUUUGAAAGCAUAAUUAAUAAGAUUCCACAACGAGUUACAGAGGAGAUUAACAAAGAUAUGCUCAUGGACAAUACAAAUGAAGAGGUAAGAAAGGCAGUGUUAAGUAUGGGUAGCCUUAAAGCUCCAAGACCUGAUGGAUUGAACGGGCUAUUCCACCAGAAGCAUUGGGAGGUAAUUAGUAAGGAAGUUUGUGUAGUAGUAAGAGUUUUUUUCAGUAGCAGACAUAUACCAGAAGAGAUAAACGAGACCAUAAUGGUUCUUAUCCCGAAAACAAAGAAUCCAGAAAGUUUAAAUGAGCUUAGGCCAAUUAGCUGCUGCAAUUUCAUCUAUAAAAUAAUCUCAAGAAUAAUUGUGCUAAGACUGAAGAAGUGGUUGGAAGCUAUUGUCUCGCCAACGCAGAGUGCGUUUGUGGGAGGAAGGCUCAUUCAGGAUAACGUUGUUAUUGUUCAAGAAGUUUACCAUAGCCUGAAUAGGAAAGGAAAGGGAGGGUCGAAUAGCUUGGCAAUCAAAUUCGACAUGAAUAAAGCAUAUGAUAGGCUAGAAUAG